AAGAAAAAAAAUAAGUCAGACAUGGCUGUAUGGGCAUAGUUCCCUUUGCCUUACCCUUCGGGGAAAACCAAAACAAAAAAAAAAUAUGUUGUUACCGUUUUAUAUUGUGUCUAAAAUGUGUUGUACAAUUAAAUGUUAAAUAAAUGAAUCUAAUUUUCUUUUCAGAUAAAUUGAUUCUGGUGAGUCGCGAGAACGCUGCGGUGCUGUCUGGUGAUCGUUUUGAACGGAACACCAAUUACGAGUGCGAGGAUUGUGUGCUCACCGAUGUACUCUGCAAUGGAAUGAGCGCCAUGACCGCAGGCCAGAUUGGCUUCGUACCUGUCUCCAAGCUGAUCACCUUCAAUUUCCCGGGUUUUAGCGACGCUCAAGCCUGUGUCUAUUUAGGUAUUUUCAAGUCAUCUUGUCGAGUCUACCGUAAAAUUAUAACCGUCACUGAAACUGUAACGAUUAAAAAUAAGAAGGUCAUACCACCCCCUCCUGCUGGAGAGCAAUUGGAACAUAUAUGCAAUUAUGAGUGUACAGAGGAAUGUACCAUUGAAAGGGUUUCAGUGAAUGGCAUGGCUUUGGAAAUGAACUCAUUUAGACGCAGUGGAAGUGGUAGUGGACCUAACACAAGGAAAAGUGUGGCAUUUUACAUUGAAGGGCCGAAUCCAAACACAAUAACAGUGCGGAUAACAGAAUAUAUAGACGCCUGGGAAGGAGUAUACCAAGCAACCUUCAGCAUCGGAGGGGAAUCAGUCACUAAAACUAUUUUCGAAAUCGGCCCACCGGACGACGUUGGGGUGGAUAAGGAUGCUACUACUGAAAGUGUAAGCACAACAGAAGCAGCGACUACAGCAGACCCCGCAGCGGCAGGAGACACCACAGUGGCAGGAGACACCACAGCGGCAGGAGACACCACAGCAGCAGGAGACACCACAGUGGAAGGAGACACCACAGUGGCAGCAGACGAGACCACCACAGAAGGAAGUUGAAUAUAAAAACGAAACGACCGGCGGCACACCCUCUGAUGGACCUGACAAUCAUUAAAUUAUUAUCUGCAU